GAGCUCCCCAACGACUUCGGGAUAAACCAAAACCCUUAACCAAAUACCAGCCGCCAGUCAUGACUGAUAUCACUUCGAUUCUUCAAGGCGGGUACCAUCACCCACUUACCCGCAAAUGGCAGGCAAAAGCACAAUUAACCAAGUCGAUGCUCGUUUAUCCCAUCUUCAUCACCGACAACGAGGACGAGGAAACACCGAUUUCGGGCUUUCCUGGCCAAAAGCGCCGUGGAAUAAAUAAAAUCGUUCCAUUUCUCGCACCACUUGUCGCCAAAGGACUUGCCUCGGUCAUCAUAUUCGGAGUUCCUCUUGCUAUUGAUGCUAAAGACCCCUCGGGAUCUAAGGCCUCUGAUCCCAACGGCCCUGUUAUCCUCGCCAUCAAAGUUCUUAAAAAUGCUUUCCCAGGAUUGUUCAUUAUGGCAGAUGUUUGUCUAUGCGAGUACACCUCCCACGGCCAUUGCGGUAUCUUGAACGAGGACAGAACCCUGAACCAGCAGGCAUCAGUCAAGCGCAUCGCAGCAGUUGCAGUCGAUUAUGCUCUUGCCGGCGCGGAUUGUGUUGCCCCUAGUGAUAUGAACGACGGCCGUGUUAAGGCUAUCAAGGAGGGACUGAUUGCUGCUGGGGUUUCCCACAAGAUCAUGGUCAUGAGCUACGCUGCCAAGUUUUCCGGAUCUCUCUAUGGUCCUUUCCGUGAUGCUGCCGGAUCUGCGCCGUCCUUCGGCGAUCGUAGGUGCUACCAACUCCCCCACACUGGGCGUGGCCUUGCCCGUCGCGCAAUUAUCCGUGACCUGGCGGAAGGUGCGGACUCCAUUAUGGUGAAGCCCGCAAACGCUUAUCUCGACAUCAUUGCGGACGCGGCCGAACUGGCCAAGAACGUUCCGGUCUCCGCCUAUCAGGUUAGCGGUGAAUUCGCCAUGAUCCACGCCGGUGCCACUCAAGGUGUUUUUGAUCUCAGGUCUAUGGCUUUGGAAAGCUUGGAUGGGAUUUUGAGGGCUGGUGCUACCAUUAUCCUUACCUACUUUACUGAGGCUAUCUUGAACGAGGGGUGGUUGGAUUAGUAGAUUGGUUCUUCCGGUCGGAAUAAAUACGAUUUCAUUUUAUAUUCGUCUUGGGAACGAUUAGCAGAUGCUCUCUAAGGAGUGUCAAGUGCUAUUCUCUAUUUUAUUUCUGAUGUUUGGCAGAAAUUCCCGGAAAUGUAUUUCUAUAUUAUCAAACCUUUUCCAUUGA